CGUAGACGCUGACGUCGACGGUGACUGUGACUGCGACUGCAACGUAGUCGUAGUAAGUUUUUUCGCCGUAAUUGUGGGAGUGUGUAUGUGUGUGUGCGUGAGCGUGUCGGUGUGCGUGUGUGGAAUGUAUAAUAUAUACCAUAUAAAGCACAUAGCGAGAAAUCAUGAUAAAGUUUGUCAGGCAGAAAAAUCGCGAGAAUCCAAUAAAGGCAUCGCAAAAUUUUCUUCGUAAAAAGCGUGAAUCGAAUGACUCUGGCACCGAAUCGGAUGGUGAACUCCUCGAUGUGGAAAAACAACGUCACUUAGACGUGGAUAUGGAAACUACUGUCGCUGGCCAAAAACCAAUUUCUCCUGCAAUGAUGUGUCACCACCAGACAACGUCAUCAUGCGCCCAUCUCAUGUACGAUCAGCACAGCUCCGAGGAGGAAUUGGAGGUGAUCAAUGGGCCAUCGACGGUGGCAGGCCAUGGCACCACGACCGUAACGGGCGCUUCGUGUGCUUCGCGACUCUCCAAUCGUGGGUGCACCUCCUCCCUCGACACGGAGGCGCCCUACGAGGAACGGGCCACCACAUCCAACUCGAAGCGUUCCAGCUCAACGCUGAUGGUGGAGAACCGCAAACGGUCCCUGGCCCACAGCUCCGACGAUGAGUUACGCAAUUCGCUGGAGCCGAUAUUGACGCCCGUGAAUUUUCGCACAUCGCCGCCAUUGGAGGCAUUCAAGCCAAAUCGUAGCCAUAUGAUGUUCCGCUCCACAACGCCACUGAUAUUAUCGGAGGCCAGAUGUGGCAUCGAAAAUAUUAAAUUAUGUGAUAAUAGUGUAAACGAGGAGAAUGGCGACAACGGCGGCGGCGGCGCCAGCGGCGGUGGCAAUGGCAACCAUAGCAAAUGCCCAAAGUUGGGCGGAGCUGUGGGUGGUGGCAACGAGAACGAGCCCAGUGUGAUCAAGGCGUGCAGCAGCUCUUUGAAGAUGAGCAACAGCAGCCACCACAUCUAUCAGCCGCAGCCCAAGUAUAGUUUCCACUACAAUAGCUCGCGGAGUAGUCCGGCCAGCACCACCGGCCUGGAUAUGGAGGUGCGCUCGGUUAGUCCCCCCGCGAAACUGUUCCACUGCGCCAUUUCGCCCAGGCGUCGUCCUAGUAAUAAUUCGGGUGGUGGUUCGGCUACAGUGGCAGGCACAGCAGUCCCAACCACAUCAUCAUCGACGGGAGCAGCAGGAGGCACAUCAUCAUCCACAGCAGCUACAUCUACACACAAUGCUGCCAAUGCCGCAAGCGCCGCCGCUGCCACUCAGAGACUGCAGCGACCGCAUCGGCCGUGUUUAGAUUUUGAUAAGAUGCAGCAGGUGAGCCUCUAAUGCAGAGCGCGCUAACAGCGAAGAAAAGGAUCGAAUGGAAAGGGGAAGGGAAAAGGCAAAUCAAAGACUUUUUAUACGAAACAACAACCACAACCACAGCUACAGCUACAGCUACAUCUACAACAAGAACACAAACUGCAAAUAGAGACAGCAACUGUACCUAACGGUUAAGCGCGGCCCAGCUGAUGCUUGGCAGCACUGGCCGCACGAUUAGGAGCGCCCUCUACACGAUCAGACAUCGCGUCUCAAGGCAAACACAAAAAAAUACAGAAAAGAAAA